AUGGAGGUAGAAGGCGAAGCCACUGGGGCUGGGCCCAGGCGACUUAUCAUUACAGAGAUGGUGCUGGAAAAUUUCAAGUCCUACGCCGGGGAACAACGUGUAGGACCCUUCCAUAAGUGCUUUUCCUCGGUGGUGGGCCCCAAUGGCAGCGGCAAAUCAAACGUCAUCGACGCAAUGCUUUUCGUAUUUGGGAAAAAGGCGAAGCAGUUGCGACUCAGCAAAGUCUCGGAGCUCAUACACAACUCCACAAACCACAAGCACCUGGACUCGGCCAAGGUCUCAGUCUACUUCCAGGAGAUCAUCGAUCUGGAUGACGAGGCGUUCGAGGUGGUGCCAGGCACAGGCUUUGUGGUCUCGCGCACAGCGAUGCGCAACAACAGCAGCAAUUAUUACGUGGACGGCCGCAAGAGCAGCUUUGGGGAGGUCACCGACAUGCUGAAGGGGAAGGGCAUCGACCUGGACAACAACCGCUUCCUCAUCCUGCAGGGGGAGGUGGAGCAGAUCAGUAUGAUGAAGCCGGUGGCUCAGGGCCCCCACGACACAGGCCUGCUGGAGUACCUGGAGGACAUCAUCGGGACCGACAAGUACAAGUCCCAGCUGGAGGAGGGCGCCAAGAGGCUGGAGGAGCUGAGCGAGGCGCGCCAGAGCGUGGUGAACCGGGUGAAGGCGGCCGAGAAAGAGCGGGACGGCUUGGACGGCGCCAAAGCCGUCGCAGAGGCAUACCUUGCCAAGGAGCGGGAGUGCACCGCUACGCAGUCCACCAUCUUCCAGAUCUUCGUCCGCGACGGCCAGAGGAAUAUUGACAAGAUUGCCAGCAAUCUGGUGGAGCUGGAGGCCAAGCUGAAGCACGAGCAGGACAAGUUCCAAACCUAUGGCCAGGACCUCAAGGACGCCGAGAGCAAGUUUGAGGCGGAGAAGAAGGAGCACGGGAAGAUGCAGAAGGAGCUGGAUGCUGCGAAUGAGCGUUUUAAAGAGUAUGAGCGCAAGGACGUGAAGCUGCGGGAGGACAUCAAGCACCUGCUGGCCAAGCAGAAGAAGCUGGCCGACAAACGCUCCAAGGACUCUGCCAAGGCCCAGGUGCUGACGGAGGAGGCAGCGUCUCUGGAGCAGCAGGCGCCAAAGCUGGCAGCCAAGGCCGUGGAGCUGGCCAAGCAGCUGCAAAAGGAGGAAGAGGAGCUGGCGAGGAUGUGCGAGGGGAUCAAAGGAGAAGUGGAGGGGUUGCGAACCGAGGCGAGCCAGAUCAGGACGCAGCAGGCCCCCUGGGAAGCACAAGCUGCCGAGGUCAACGGUCGCAUAAGUGUCGCAACUGCAGAGCGCGACCUGCUGCUAAAAAAACAAGGCGACGCGCAGAAACGCCUCAAGGCAAGCAUCCUCUCUAGGCAAGGUCGGUCUGCAGGCAAGCUGCAGAUAAAGGCUGCCAAAAAUGCACGCACCUGUCGCAGGCGGGAGGCCGAGGCGGCGCGGAAAGAGGCGGCAGCCGCCACGGCUGAGGCGGAGCGGCUGCAGGGAACCCUGCGCAAGGUGCGCGGCACGGUGGCGCAGCGCAGAGCGGAGCGCAGCGCGCAAAGCAGCCAGAGCGCCGUCAUUCAGGCGCUCAUGGCCGCGCGCAAGGACAUCCCUGGCAUCCGCGGCCGCCUCGGUGAGCUGGGCGCAAUCGACGCCAAAUUUGACGUCGCGGUGUCGACGGCCGCGCCUGCGCUGGAUUAUGUGGUUGUGGACGACACUGCCAGCGCGCAGGCGUGCGUGGAACUUCUUCGUAGCCGGAAGCUGGGCGUGGCAACCUUCCUCAUCCUGGACAAGCAGGCCCACCUGGCCGCCAAAUGCGCGCAGAGCGUCUCGCCCCCAGAAGGCGUGCAGCGACUGUUCGACUUGGUCAAGUGCAGCGAGGCGGCGCUGCGGCCGGCGUUCUUCUACGCGCUCGGGGACACUGUGGUCGCUGCUGAUCUGGAGCAGGCGUCGCGCAUCGCCUACGGCCGCGAUAAGCGCUGGGCGCGCGUCGUUACUGUCCAGGGCGAGAUAAUCAAUGACAGCGGCACGAUGACGGGCGGCGGCGGCAGGGCGCGAGGCGGCCGCAUGCGCCUUGGCAGCGGGGCACCACGGCCGGUUGAAACUGCAGCGGCAGCCGCCGAGCUGGCUGCCGCCGAGAAGCAGGAGGAAGCCAGCCUGAAGGCGUUGGCCGAGGCGCGGCAGAUGGCGGAGCGGUCUGGAGCGGCGUUGUCAUCUGCCGAGAAGGCGCUGUCUUCCCUGGAGACAAGCAUCUCCAAGGCGCGCAUGGAGGCCGCAGCGCAGCGUGCCAAGGCCGACGACCUUGCCGCCCGCCUCGACAGCCUGCGCGCCGCCACCAAGGUCGCAACUGAGGACGCCGCGGCGAUCAAGCGGCUGGAGGCGGAGGUCAAGGCGGCGCAGAAGGACCUGGAGCCCAUCAGCAAGAAGCUGGCGCCGCUGCAGGCGAAGCUGGCCGCCUUGGAGGCGCGCAUGGAGGACGCCGGGGGGCCGCCCCUCACGAAGCAGCGCCAGAAGGUCGCCCAGCUGCUGCAUGACAUCGCUGCGGCCGAGGAGGAAUCUGCCAAGAAGAAGGUGGGCGCGGCAGCUGCCGCGAAGCAGCUGGAGAAGCUGCGCAAGGAGGCCACCAAGACCGAAUCCGACGCGGCCGCCGAGCUGGAUGAUCAGGCAUUGGAGGUGCUCCAGGCGGCCAAGGCGACAGAGGCCAUCCUCGCACAGAAGGCCGAGUCUCUGGCGGCCAUCCGCAGCGAGUUUGAGCGCAAGCAGAAGGAGGUGAACAUCAUACAGGUGGCGGAGGUAAAUAUAUCCAACGCGAUCAAGGACCAGAGCGACAGCGCGGCGGCCGAGAAGAGCAUGCAGAAGCAGUGGACGCGCAAGCUCGCCGAAGCUACCAAGAAGCUCGCACAGGGCGAAGGCACUUUCACUGUCGGCUCAGCAGGUGAGGCGCCUGCGCCGCUGACGCCUGAGGAGCUGGAUGCUCUGGACCCCAAGGAGCUCGAGUACAGGGUGACGAUGCUGGAGGAGGAGCUGGGCCGCAUGGCGCCGGACCUGGGGGUGAUCGAGGAGUGGAAGCGCAAGGACGCUGACUACACCACCCGCCUGGCGGACCUCGAGGCCGCCACCGCCGCGCGCAACGAGGUGCGGGAGGCGCACGAGACGCUGCGCAAGCGGCGGCUGGACGAGUUCAUGGCGGGCUUCAACGCGAUCAGCCUCAAGCUCAAGGAGAUGUACCAGAUGAUCACACUGGGCGGCGACGCUGAGCUGGAGCUCGUCGACUCCCUUGACCCCUUCUCUGAGGGCAUUGUCUUCAGCGUGCGGCCACCCAAGAAGAGUUGGAAGAACAUCGCGAAUCUGAGCGGCGGCGAGAAGACACUCUCCAGCCUCUCGCUUGUCUUCGCGCUGCACCACUACAAGCCCACGCCGCUCUAUGUCAUGGACGAAAUCGACGCCGCGCUCGAUUUCAAGAACGUGAGCAUCGUGGCGCACUACAUAAAGGAGCGCACGAAGAACGCGCAGUUUGUCAUCAUCAGCCUGCGCAACAACAUGUUCGAGCUGGCCGAUCGCCUCGUGGGCAUCUAUAAGACCGACAACGCCACCAAAUCCGUCACCAUCAACCCGGGCGCGUUCGCCGUGCGGCCAGCGCUGGCGCCCGUGGCUGCAUCGUAA